CGAGGCGGAGCGAUGCAGCCGAGGUAUAGUCGUGGGCGCAGCGCGUGAACGGCGUCUCUUCAUGCCGCUCUGCUGUGAACUGCUGUGAACAGGUCGCGCGCUCCUCGUCGGCGUGGUCCGCCGGCCUCCGCGCGGGCGACGCCGUGGUCGGCGUGAGCGGCGAGGCCGUGUUCGACGCCGAAGAGGCCGAGCAGCGCAUCGCCGCCGCCGGCCGCAGCGUCAACAUCGUGACGUGGAAGUCGCGCCCAGACAUGGAUGGCGUGGCGGGCGCCAAGGAGCGGGCGCGGGGCGCGCCGCCGAGGCGGCCGAACGUGACGGCGUCGGCGGCGGAGUGCUACUACCUUCCGCACGCGUGGCACAAGCAGGAGCUCUAUCACGGCUCACGCAGCUGCCGAGAAUAUUUUGUAGAGUGUUGAGGGAACGUGUGGCGUGAUCGAACAUAACAUUUACGCGAUCUCU